AUGGAACCCGUUCGCGAGGGCCAACCAAUAUCCUUUCACUCCGACCGCUCUGAUGCCUUGCAACGUCUCCGAGAUGAGAAUUCGAACUUCAGCAACAUGGUCGGUUCACCUGAACAAAUGACCUCUAUGGACCGUCAUGGGCGCAAUACCACUUCGACGUCGUCCCCAACGACGCGCGCAGCAUCACCCGCACCGGCUGCGCGUCCGCGCCCUAUCUUAAACCCACGGAGCAUCUCCUCUUCGUAUUUCCCGGCCGUUCCUGCGAGCCGUUCGCUCCCUCACCAUGCCCCAAAUCCUGAUGAUAUGGGAAGGAUAAUUGCCAGUGCAUCGUCCCCAUCGAAUGAUAGGCAUCAAAGGGAUAGGCAGUGGUCUCUAUUUGAGCAGCUCAUGGAGAACGAGGGUCUAAACUCACCACUGCCGACGUCACGUCCCAGUCGUUCAUUAAGACAAGGUCGCGUUGCUUCGAAACGAACGUCUUCCCCCUUUGCUGCUCAUGCUGCCGACAACUCCACUGCUGUAACCGACCCAUUUCUUACCGAACAUACCCCGUCGCCUAUUGACGAGGAUCCUCGAAUCCCUCCACAUUCUCAGACCACCACUAGGUCUAAUACACACGACUCCCUUUCAUCGAAUGAGGAAGACGACUCGUACGACUCGGAUACCUCAGCGACAAGCAUGCAUCAGGCAUAUGCCUACGACCCGUCUAAACCCAGCCCGAUGCCGCCUUGGUACUCGCCUCGAAGAUUGCCUACUAUACCUCUGCUGUACCGCAACAUCCUCAAAUGCGCUAUCGCCUAUUUUAUUGCUAGCUUGUUCACAUACAACCCUUACCUCUCUGGCCUCAUAAGCGACAUCACAUCGUACAGGUCAGGUGAUCGAAAACCUGUACCUAGUGGACAUAUGGUUGCUACUAUUGCGGUAUACUUUAAUCCCGCGAAAACUCGCGGUGCCAUGUUUGAGGCCGAUUUGUUUUGCUCUUUCGGUCUGUUGUAUUCUUCUUUCGUUUGUCUCGCUUCGAUGGGGACCUUCUGGUGGCUGGAGCUCAAGCCGGGGUGGGAGUGGCUGGGGGACGUAACGGUGAUCCUGUGGAUUGGACUGAGCAUGAGUAUAGUGGCGUGGAUGAAGGUCUACAUGGGAAGCCCGCAGUUCAAUACCGCUUGCAGCAUGAUUGCCAUCACUCUUUUUGCCGUUAUCGUCAAAGAGGGCGGCUUUGAAACCUUGCUUCAGGUAGCGCUAAUCGUCAUCACCGGUUCGGUCAUCUCCAACCUCGUCUGCCACCUUAUCUUUCCACAAACGGCCACGGCCAACCUCCAAACAAACAUGACAAAAACACUCGAUUCCUUUUCCACGCUACUGACGAUGUUGACGAAUGCCUUUUUGUUAGAGGAAGGGCUGCACCACCCGAGCCAAGGGAAGCUGCAGGAGGCAGUGAAGGCUCACCAGGGGAGUUUUACAAGCUUGAAGAAGGAUCUAGAAGAGGCGAAGAGUGAAUGGCUCUACGGAGGCCCGUGGAGUAGGGCGAGAGAUCAGCCGGAAACCCCAAGGACUGCUGGACUUCGUGACGAAGAAGCAAGGGAGGGACUAUCCUUCAGACAGGAUGGUAAGGGGGCGGGAGCGAGUAUGCGUGCCUACCAGGAUGCGGUGGAUAGCUUGACCCGACUUGCCCAGCAUCUCAAUGGAUUGAGGAGUGGGACGAGACUACAAUACGAGCUAACAAAGGCCGGCCUCGUCAGGUUGAAGGGGAAGGGAAAGAACGCUAACGGAGAAACUGUCACGAUUGGGUCCGACACGAGUGCAGAGGGUGAAGAAGACGCGUUGCUGAAGGCUGCUGCAACCAUGUUCGGCGAUCUGGUGGACGACCUGGGACCCCCACUAAAGGCGUUAUCUACUUUGUGUGGUCAUUCGUUGAAGUCCUUGCGAGACUCCUUCGCCCAAUCGCGCACGCACAAGGAGACCAGUCGAAAGCGACGGAUUCGGCGCAUACAGCCGCAGGAUUUCAUGGAUCUGGUGGAAGGCCUUGAACGGGCAUUGAUGCGGUUCGAAAGCACGUCCAAUCAUGCCGUGUUGAGGCUGUACAGGAAGAGUGAUCUUAUAUCGGCGGCGCAAGGCGACGCGUUCAUGUCAGCGAGCUCGUCUUCGUGGAAGACCGAUGGAGAGAAGGAGAAAGAGGGAAACAUCUUCACGCAGGGCGACAACGAACACGUCUUCCUUGUGUAUUUCUUUAUCUUCACGUUGCAAGAGUUUGCAAGAGAGCUGGUAUCGCUCGUCGAUGCCAUGGAACGCAUUUAUAGCCUUGAACAAGAGAGAGUGCAUCGGGGACCAUGGUGGAAACGGAUAUUCAGUGGUAUCUGGGGAUUGCUUAAGCGUCCGUUCUCGAAAUCAAAACCAAAACGCCAUAGAAGACCAUCAGCCGAGCACCCGAGUUUACGUCGAAGGAUCUCGCACAUCCUCCCCGCCGUUGGGAACCGCCACACCCAUCCGUCCUUCCCCAAGGUCCGACCUCACGCGCCCAAUACGAUGCAAACGCCCCCUCGAACUAACUUGUCCUUCUUCGGUAAAGUCGGCCAGAUGGUAUGGUCCGUUGGAAACCGGCUCCAGCAAAGAGAUGCAAAAUACGCCAUCAAAGCGGGGAUGGCUACCGCGUUAUUGGCUGCUCCUGCGUUCUUUGACGCGACAAGGACCCUGUUUGUGGACUGGUGGGGCGAUUGGGCGCUGAUCUCGUUCUUCGUGGUGCUUUCGCCAACGAUCGGCGCAACGAACUUUCUAAGCGUGCAUCGUGUCUUCGGAACAAUUGCUGGUGCCUCCAUUGCUGCGGGGAUAUACACCUUAUUCCCCGACAAUGCUGUUGUCCUCCCUAUCUUCGGCUUCUUUUUCUCUCUGCCGUGUUUCUACUUCAUUGUCGGGAAGCCCCAAUAUGCAUCCUCCUCUCGAUUCGUGUUGCUCACGUACAAUCUGACAUGCCUAUAUUGUUAUAAUUCAAGAGAGGCGGAUAUCUCGGCUGUAUACGUUGGCUUUCACCGUGCAGUAGCGGUCACGAUUGGCGUGGUUUGGGCAGCGUUUGUGGCUCGUUUCUGGUGGCCCGCCGAAGCGAGGAGAGAGUUGGGAAAGUCCCUAGGAGAAUUCUGUCUGAACAUGGGGUGGCUCUAUACUCGUUUGGUCGCCUCAAACUCGUACUUCCCAGAAGGCCAGGAUGACACUCGCAGGCAGCUACUGCACCCUAACGAUGAAGAAACCCAUGAAGACAAUGCGUUGACUUCACUCACCCCUCAAGAGUCUCUAAGCAAUUCAAUCCGCGAAUUCAUGUCAAUGGAAUUGCAUCUGCAAAUCAAAUUGAUUGAGUUGCAAGGUUUAUUGGCCCAAACCGUCCACGAGCCGCGGUUGAAAGGGCCGUUCCCUGUACAACUUUACCGAGAGAUUUUGACGAGCCUGCAAACAAUAUUGGACCGAUUCCACAGUAUGCGGUGUGUCACGACACGGGAAGAAUGGUAUCAAGUACGGAAAGACUUCAUCAUCCCAGUUAACAGGGAGCGGCGAGAGAUGGUUGGCAACAUUAUCCUUUACUUCUCCACGCUAGCCUCCGCGUUCAGAUUGAAGGCGCCUCUCCCUCCCUAUCUUCCCCCAGCUGAGAAGGCGCGACAACGGCUGGUGGACGCAAUACGUCAACUAGACGUAGUGCGUACUCGUGAUGUGAAAGGAUCGAGACACCUUUUAUUCUUCGCAUAUGCCCUCAAUUUGAAGGGUGUCACUGAAGAGCUAGAGUCGCUAGGAAGGACGUUGCAGACGGCCUUCGGUGUCAUUGGACAAACGCCUGAAGAGUUUGAGGCACUCUUUGAGUCCGAGACGACGGAGGGCCGAGAGCGCAUUGAACAUGCUGCAUAG